CUAAAAGUAUGUGUGUUUUUUUCCAUGUUUUUAAGAAUAGAAGGAUAUAACAAUUAGCUCUUUAAAAGCUAAUGUAACAUUGUGUGUGACAUUUCACAUUCUUUUUUUGGCAUUACAUGUUGACAUACUACAUUAUAAGUCAAUUUUUCCAAAUUCACAAUGGGAGCUAUUUGGCCUUAAUUCUAAUAUUUUAUCAUUAUCCAAAAUUAAAAGGGAUCCCUCCUUUCCUCUGCUAGAAGCCUAGAAUAGUAAAAUGGCUGUUCCCUGGAACGUGGCUGAAAUUCCUGGCCGGAAUCUUGAUUUGCCGGUGAAGUGUGGCGCGUUUCCCGUUCACCCCUCCCGAGCAUCCUUGAGCCGGGUGCGUUGUACGCCGGUUCCGCAGCAGAUUGAUUCAGGGAUAUUAUGUGAGCCUUGUGGUGGCAAAGGAUGGCUGCUUUGCGAUUUUUGCAAAGGGCAAAAGACCAAUGUACAAUCUGCAACUACAAAGAUAUACCGUCGUUGUCCUUCUUGCAGGGCUAUCGGAUAUGUUGUGUGUUGGAAAUGCAAAGUUUUCAAGUGUGUCACAUACCCAAAUGCUUAUGAUGAUGGGAAGUAGAGUUUGACUAAAACAAUGAAUAUAUACCAAAAUAGGACUUCUAUGUUUUUAUUCCCGAAAUAGGAUUUACGUUACCAAACAUGGUCAUGUACAUUAUCAAAAAAGUAUAGUAAUGUGCACAUGUACAGUGCCACAUUACUACAUUGCGAAGUCAUAUUUCGGAAAAAAACAUUAAUGUCCUAUUUUGCUACUUUUCUCUAUGUUUUAGUUCUCCUAUUUAGGGUGAUUUCUAUAGAGUUUGUAAUCGCAUUUUGACGUGUGAACUAACAUUUUUUUUAAAUGUUAUUUGUAUACCAUUUUUAACACCGCAUUUGACAUCAUUC